ACAUUCAACCAAGCAAGAUGUCCAGGAGUGCUGAGAGAACAUGUUUUAUGAUUUUCUUGAUGUUUUUUGUCAGUGCAGACGCGUUUUCAACAGUUUGUCCAUCUGCUUCGACCCAAACCUACUCAUCAAUGAUCACAGCAACCGCAUCAAACGACACAGAUAUUAUCUUCCUUGCAUCAACAAGUCAAGGACCAGUCCAGAUGUGGAUGAGGGCUUUUGGCUUUUUCAAGGAGGCCAGUUUGGAUCCCAACACCAUGCAGGGUAUACCAUUGCCAACCUCGGUGCGAAUGUCACCCGAAGAGGCAGAGUCUGGCAACAUCCUCGUCAUCGUAUCUUCAGAUGCAGCCGCCCUUUUCAUCAAGACUGACCAUUCAAUGUACCAGUUGAGAGACAUUUCACAACUAUCUAAAGAGUAUAUAACCGUCUCAUAUUUUGCUCCGAACGCUGCAGAAACAUGGCAUUCGACGAUCGGCAUUUCUGCUGUUUUUAACGAUGCAGCUUUAGACGUGACCUUUAAAAAUGGAAUUGACGUUGAAGAAAUAUUUUCCAGAUUUACCAACGAAACAAAGUGUAACGUCACUGGGCAGAGUAUUUCGUGUAAAUCUUCGGGCAGUAGGCGAUAUGUAAUGCAAAUUCAGUCGAGAUCUGACUUAUCAGGAACCAAAAUUACGUCCUCAAAAGAUGUCUCAGUAAUAGCGGGAGCAGUUGCUGAAAGCAACGUCAUGGACCACAUGGUACCUUUAGACAGUCUCGCAAUAAGUUACACAGUUUUCGGGUUUCCGGGCGGAAACGGAAGUUGCGUUUGUCGGAUUGUAGCAGCAUCUGGGUUAACAGAUGUUACCGUCGAUGGUGUAAAUACAGUAACGAUAAAUGGAGAAGGGGAUUAUAUUGAUGUCAACGUUUCUGGAGACAGUUUCCAUACAAUCAGCGCGACAUAUCCAAUACUUGUUGCCAUGGUGAUUCAAAAUGGCGAAUCUAGUUCUCCAGCUUUCAUAGUCGCACAUUCUGCAGGGAAUGUUUCUCAAUAUACCUUCACGCUUAUAAGUGACGACACAAAUGACAACGUUGAGCACUAUAUUGUAGUACCUGCCGUCCCCCAGGGAGGGAUAUUGUUGAACGGCGAAUCCCCCCCAAACGAAACGCUGUGCAUGGCGGUAGGUGGUACGAUGGAAACUGGGUGUUUUGUACCAGUAGAGGGAUAUGAUGCUGUGCACAGCAUAUCUAGCAGCGACGGGGGGUAUUUUACAGCAUACCUUAUCGGCAGCGGUGACCACGGUACUUUCGGCUCCGCAUUGAUCGAAACAGUCACGUCAAAGAAUUGGACAGACCCCCCUCCACCUCUGUCCCUGGACAUGUCGUAUUGUGUCAAGUCUGGGGGACUGGGAAACUACGCGUCAAACGGCACCAACGUGCAAAUGGCAACGAUGGACGUCAAGAAGAAGAGAAGAAUCAUAUCCUUUACCAUCAAGCACAUGAGGAUGCCUAGCGCAGAAGCUUGUCAACUUACCUGCUUCCUUUAUGCCAGUUGUAGGGGCGUCAACUACAACAGCCUCACCUUGGACAACAACUGCGACAUCGUGUUCGGCGGACCUUCAUGUUCAGAUUACAAUACCGAGUGGACCUUUUACAAAAUGAAGUAAAACAUGGUUAUGGCGGCAAGAUGUAAAUACCACGGUAGUAAAACAUGGUUAUAGCUAGCGGCAAGAUGUAAAUCCCACGGUAGUAAAACAUGGUUAUGGCGGCAAGAUGUAAAUCCCACGGUAGUAAAACAUGGUUAUAGCUAGCGGCAAGAUGUAAAUCCCACGGUAGUAAAACAUGGUUAUAGCGGCAAGAUGUAAAUCCCACGGUAGUAAAACAUGGUUAUAGCGGCAAGAUGUAAAUCCCACGGUAGUAAAACAUGGUUAUAGCGGCAAGAUGUAAAUCCCACGGUAGUAAAACAUGGUUAUAGCGGCAAGAUGUAAAAACCACGGUAGUAAAACAUGAUUAUGGCGGCAAGAUGUAAAUACCACGGUAGUAAAACAUGGUUAUGGCGGCAAGAUGUAAAAACCACGGUAGUAAAACAUGGUAAUAGCGGAAAAAUGUAAAUCCCACGGUAGUGAAACAUGGUUAUAGCGGUAAAAUGUAAAUCCCACGGUAGUAAAACAUGGUUCGAGCGGCAAGAUGUAAAUCCCACGGUAGUAAAACAUGGUUCGAGUGGCAAGAUGUAAAUCCCACGGUAGUAAAACAUGGUUAUAGCGGCAAGAUGUAAAUCCCACGGUAGUAAAACAUGGUUAUAGCGGCAAGAUGUAAAUCCCACGGUAGUAAAACAUGGUUAUGGCGGCAAGCUGUAAAUCCCACGGUAGUAAAACAAACGCUCAAUCCCAGGGUAGUAUAGCAAACACUCACAUGAUGAUAUGUCUGAGGUAACUCUACGUCUAAGGGAUACCUAUGUCUAAGGGAACUCUGUGUCAAAGGGAGCUCUAUGUCUUAGGGAGCUCUAUGUCUGAGAGAGCUCUGAGUCUAAGGAAACUCUAUGUGUUAGAGAGCUCCAUGUCAAAGGGAUCUGUAUAUCUAAGGGAUCACUGUGUCAAACGUAACUCUAUGUCUAAGGGAGCUCUAUAUCUAAAGGGCUCUGUAUCAAACGUAACUCUAUGUCUCAGGGAGCUCUAUAUCUAAGGUAGCUCUAUAUCUAAGGGAACUCUGUGUCAAAGGGAACUCUAUAUCUUAGAGAGCUCUGUGUCUAAGGGAUCUCUAUGUCUAAGGGAGCUCUGUGUCAAAGGGAGCUCUAUGUCUAAGGGAACUCUAUGUCUUGAGAGCUCUGUGUCUAAGGGAACUCUAUGUCUAAGGGAACUCUAUGUCUUAGAGAGUUCUGUGUCUAAGGGAUCUCUUUGUCUAAGGGUGCUCUAUUUCUAAAUGAUCUCUAUGUCUAAGGGAUCUCUAUAUCCAAGGAGCUCUGUGUCAAAUGGAACUCUAUAUCUAAGGGAUCUCUGUGUCAAACGUAACUCUAUGUCUAAGGGAGCUCUAUAUCUAAGGGGACUCUGUGUCAAAGGGAACGCUAUGUCUUAGAGAGCUCUGUGUCUAAGGGAUCUCUAUGUCUAAGGGAAGUCUAUGUCUAAGGGAGCUCUAUGUUUUAGAGAGCUCUGUGUCUAAGGGAUCUCUAUGUCUAAGGGAAGUCUAUGUCUAAGGGAGCUUUAUGUUUUAGAGAGCUCUGUGUCUAAGGGAUCUCUCUCUGUAAGGGAACUCUAUAUCUAAGGUAGCUCUAUAUCUAAGGGAGCUCUGUGUCUAAGGGAGCUGUAUGUCUAAGGGAACUCAGUCAGAACGAAUGUGUUUUGAAUACGGAUCCGAUUUAUUACAAUCGGGUGGAAAUAAGCAUUUGAUUAAACGUCAAGCUGCAAAUGUUGGUUUGAAAAUAACCAGCCAUGUUCAAACGGCAGACAACUAGUCUUUUACACAUGCCAAGAUGUAACACGAUCAAGUCUAUAAGUGUGGCUUAAAUGAAUGAAAAGUGCUAGUUGUCAAUUGCUGAAAUAAAAACAACUACGCAAGUAUGAUUUCUUUGCGACAGUUUUGUAUUGUAUUUGUCUGUAUCACCUAAGAAAAUCAGUUUAGGUCAAAGAUUUGCUCAUGUUCAAAUAUACGAAAAAAGCUGUUCUCACCUCUAACAUCUUCCGUUUCAACACUCACUAACAUUACCCUUUAAUUGAGUGAUGAUACUAGACAACAGCAAACGUGUCGAAAUGCAAAAAGGCUUAUUCGAAUCCAUUUCAACACAUCUGGUCACAUUCAUAACGAGUUUGUAACGUUUGUCCCCAUCCCCGAAAUAAUGCCGAUCCGUAAUCACACCGUGUCCCUUAUAGAUAAUGCAUUAAGGUUUGUUUGUUUGUUGUUUAACGCCGCACUCAGCAAUAUUCAAGCUAUAUGACGGCGG